UAAAGUUUCCAUCACUCCAACUCCUUUCUCUCUGUCUCCUUUCAUUCCUCUUCUCUCACUUCACUCUCUCUCCUCAACAACCACCAUCCGCCGCCAUCUCAACCACCACAUUUCAACUGCGCCGGCACAUUUUCCCGCUAAAUUUCACAAGAUACCCUUCUGCCACCAACCCCUUUUAGCUUCACUUGUACGGUUCCACUUCUGUAAUUUCCCAACUUCUUCAGUGCAUUAUUAGUAACCUCUAUUCCCCCCCUUUUUUAGGGUUCCAAACUCAAAACUCAAAUUUAUUUCUUCAUUUUUUCUUGGUUAACCCUUCAAAUUCUCUGCAUUUAUCUGUUUGAUAAAUAAUUUAACGGCUUCCACUUUUUCUGUUUGUUUUAUAGCCGUUACACUCCCACUUUAGCACAAAACAAGAAAAAAAGGAGGAAUAAAAUUGGAAUUUUUUUACUUGAAUUUGUGUAAUUUCUUCUGGGUUUUACCAAUCUAAUUAAAGUAUGAAAUGGAUUUUUUGAUGUUCUCCAUUUUGAGCUAAAAAUCUUGAUUUUGAGUUGGUGGUGUUGUGAAGAAUGAAGAAGCUAAUUAGUGUAUUAAUCCUGUUAGUUUUGGGAUUAUUUCCAAUUUGUGAGAGUUCCUCAUCAUUAAGCCCAUCAUUAAAUGAUGAUGUAUUGGGACUAAUUGUAUUCAAAGCAGAUAUUAGAGACCCAACCGGGAAAUUAGCUUCUUGGAAUGAAGAUGAUGAUAGUCCAUGUAAUUGGGAUGGUAUCAAAUGUAACCCUAGAUCCAACCGUGUUUCUGAGCUGAAUCUAGAUGGCUUUUCGCUUUCCGGUAGGCUCGGCCGAGGCCUUCUACAGCUCCAAGCUCUCCGGAAGCUUUCGCUGUCGAAGAACAACAUCACAGGGAGUCUCAGCCCUGCAUUUGUGAGGCUUUCUAACUUGAGGAUACUUGAUUUGAGUGAAAAUAGUUUUUCUGGUGUUUUGCCACCUGAUUUUUUUAGACAAUGUGGGCCUUUAAGAAAUGUUAAUUUAGCUAAUAACAACUUUUCAGGGCAGAUCCCUGAUAGUUUGAGCUCAUGUGUUGGAAUUUCUGUGCUUAACUUGUCUGCUAAUCAGUUUUCUGGGUCUUUGCCUGCUGGGAUUUGGGGUUUGCAAGGGUUAAGGUCACUUGAUCUGUCUUAUAAUCUGUUGAAUGAUGAAAUUCCUACGGGAAUGAAUGGUUUAUCCAACCUGAGAACCAUUAAUUUGAGACGAAACCGGCUUACCGGGCGAAUCCCAGGUGACAUUGGAGGGUGCUCCUUGUUGAAAUCAAUUGAUUUCAGUGGGAAUUUGUUUUCUGGGAAUUUGCCAGUUUCAUUGCUGAACUUGAGUUUUAUAGGGUAUCUUAAUAUGGGGGAGAAUUCCUUUGUGGGUCCGGUUCCUGAAUGGAUUGGAGGGACGAAAGGGCUUGAGAAUCUGGAUCUCUCGGCUAAUAACUUCACUGGUGUUUUGCCAACUUCUGUGGGAAAACUUAGGUCUUUGAAAGUGUUAAAUAUGUCAAUGAAUUCUUUGAGUGGUAGCUUACCAGAAUCUAUGGCUGGUUGUGUAAGCCUUCAAGUCAUAGAUUUUAGGCAGAAUCUGUUGACUGGUGAUCUACCUAAGUGGAUUUUUAAGGUGGCUUUGCAAGAAAUCCUGCUCUCAGAAAAUAAAAUAGGUGGAAGCCUAGGUGAUUCACUCACCUCAGCUGAAAAAGUCUCACAUCAAAGCCUUGAGGUGUUGGAUUUGUCCCAUAAUGUAUUGACUGGGGCAAUUCCGUCAUCACUUAGUAAUUUCAGCAGCUUGGAGUUGUUGAAUUUGUCUAAGAACACUUUGACAGGCUCUAUUCCAAGCAAUGUUGGGGAAUUAAGAGCGAUAAAUGUUCUUGAUCUAAGCGAAAACAAGUUGAAUGGGAGCAUCCCUACUGAAAUUGGAAAAGCUACUUCUCUACAGGAGUUAAUACUGGAAAAGAACUUCAUUGAGGGGAUCAUACCUCCUUCUCUUGAGCAUUGUUCUUCACUCUCAGUACUGAUAUUAUCUCAUAAUAGUCUGGAGGGUCCUAUACCUUUAGCUCUAUCAAAACUUGCUGACCUACAAAUUGUGGAUCUUUCUUCCAACGACCUUAGUGGAACAAUGCCAAAACAACUAGCUAAUCUCCAACAUCUCAUUUCCUUCAACAUUUCCCACAAUAAUCUCCAAGGUGAACUGCCUGGUGGUUUCUUUAACACAAUAUCCCCAUCUUCUGUCUUGGACAACCCAUCCCUUUGCGGCUCCGCUGCAAAAAGAUCUUGCUCCACUGUCCUUCCCAAACCCAUUGUUCUAAAUCCCAAUUCCACGGGCGAUGCCUUCUCUGGUUCUUCUCUACCUUCUACACUUGGUCGCAAGAAAAACCUCCUGAGCAUAUCCUCCCUCAUUGCGAUUGGAGCUGCAGCAGUAAUUGUAAUCGGUGUGAUUGCCAUCACAGUUCUCAACCUUCGUGUUAGAGCCUCAACAUCUCGCUCUGCUGCUGCACUUGCAUUAUCUAAUGGUGAUGAUUUCAGUAAUUCCCCCUCUACGGAUGCAAACUCUGGAAAGCUGGUCAUUUUUUCAGGAGAGCCAGAUUUCAGUACCGGGACCCACGCUCUCCUCAAUAAGGACUGCGAGCUAGGUCGUGGUGGGUUUGGAGCUGUCUACCGAACUGUUCUCCAAAAUGGUCGUCCUGUUGCUAUAAAGAAGCUUACUGUUUCAAGUCUUGUUAAAUCCCAGGAUGACUUUGAACGGGAGGUGAAGAAGUUGGGUAAAAUUAGGCACCCUAAUCUCGUCACACUUGAAGGGUAUUAUUGGACUCAAUCGCUUCAACUUCUUAUCUAUGAAUUUAUUUCCGGUGGAAGUUUACAUAAGCAUCUUCAUGAAGGUGGAGGCGGGAACUUUCUCUCAUGGAAUGACCGGUUCAACGUUAUUGUUGGGAUGGCUAAAGGUUUAUCUCACUUACACCAAUUGAAUGUCAUCCACUACAAUCUGAAAUCCAGCAACAUUCUCAUAGAUGGGUCGGGUGAGGCUAAAGUGGGUGAUUUUGGGUUAGCGAGAUUGUUGCCAAUGCUAGAUCGGUACAUUUUAAGCAGCAAGAUACAGAGUGCACUUGGAUACAUGGCGCCUGAAUUUGCAUGCCGAACAGUAAAAAUAACAGAGAAGUGUGAUGUUUAUGGUUUUGGAGUUUUGGUACUUGAAGUGGUAACUGGAAAAAGACCUGUUGAGUACAUGGAGGAUGAUGUGGUAGUUCUGUGUGACAUGGUUAGAGGAGCACUUGAAGAAGGGAAGGUGGAAGAAUGCAUUGAUGAGCGGUUGCAGGGUAGAUACCCAGCUGAAGAAGCCAUUCCAGUGAUGAAGUUAGGAUUGAUUUGCACAUCACAGGUGCCAUCAAACAGGCCUGAUAUGAGAGAGGUAGUUAAUAUCUUGGAGUUAAUCAGGUGUCCUUCGGAAGGCCAAGAAGACUCAGGGUAAGUAACUAGAUAUUAACAAGCUGAAAUUUACAGUUGAAUUAUCCGGCGAAGAGGAAUCCGGUCUGUGUAUUUGCAAGAAAACAAGCUUAAGGUUGUUAAAAAUUAAUUUAUUCUCUCAUUGCUACUUCAUUUUUUUUAGGUCCUCUGCUUUUGUAAUUUGUAGUUUUCCACUGUAUGUUGUAAGCAGGGAGUAGUUCUUGUCGGAUUCCUCUUCACCGGGUUCAAAUUUGGCAACCCAUUUUGGAUAUCUAUCUGUAGCCUGUAGGUAGUUUUCACUUUUCAAUGUUCUAUUUAUGAUUGUGAAAUGAAAAAUGUAAGAAGUUGAUAUU